CGCCUGUGAGGCAACGCUCAGGGCACCGCGCGCACACACACGGUCCACGCUUGUAGCUAUGGAAACUCUUCGAUGGCAACAUCCAGCAGCCUGUUCGGAGACCAUCCUCAUACCUCUCAGAGGUGCUGAGCGUGUGCAGCUGUACGGCGGUCCCUGAAUGAAACGCUGCAAGAUGGCGAUGACGAGACUCGUUGCCUGCCUCGUCCUGUGCACCAGCCUAGGCUCCAUUCCAUCAUCACUUGGUGUAAUCCUCCGAACCACAGACAAGAUCGUUUGGGCAAAUGAGUUUGAGCCCAUUGAACUGACCUGUUUGAUAGAGUCCAUUUCGACAAACAACCCCAGGAUAGAGUGGAAGAAGAUCAAAAACGGUGUUCCCAGUUACGUGUACUUUCAGAACAAGAUAUCAGGGGACCUGGAGAACAGAGCUCAGCUCAGAGAGCCAGCCAACAUUCUGAUCUUCAACACUUCUCGAGCAGACACGGCAGAGUACCGCUGCGAAGUGGCCGCCAUCGAAGAUCAAAGGGACUUUGAUGAGAUACUUAUUAGUCUCGCAGUUAGAGUGAAACCGGUUGUACCACGGUGCAGCGUACCGGAGUCUGUCACAGUGGGAACGUCCACAGAGCUGCGAUGCCUAGAGAACGAGGGCUUUCCUGCUCCCCAGUACCGCUGGUUCCACAACAACGAGGAGCUUCCUCAAGAUCCAAAAGCCAGCCAGAGAUUCGUCAACGUCUCCUACAUCAUCAACCCCGACACUGGAAGCUUGAAAUUCCGACGGGUGAGAAAAGAGGACGCAGGCGAGUACUACUGCCAGGCAAAGAAUGACGCUGGAAACGCACAGUGUCCUCCAAAAAUGAUGGAAGUCUGUGAUGUUGACGUCCUGGGAAUUUUCCUCCAGUCUUGUGGUGGAUUGAUGGCAGUUGUCACUUUGAUUUUUGUAAUUUAUUUAAUGAAACGUUUGUGCUGUUACAAAAGCGUUUACAAUGGAAACAAUUACAAUACUCCAGCACAGGCUCCUGCUGUUGACUAUGCUGAUGCCGAUGAGGGUCAUUUCCGCCACAAGUCCUCGUUCAUCAUUUGACAGCAGUCACGGGGAAAAGCCGUCAGAGUGAAACAGAAAUGAACACAGUUAAGGUUACCUAGCAACAAUGAUGCUCAAGCUAAUGAAGUUUAAGGUGUGACAUGGCACAUUACUCUCGGAUGCACAUUAACUCAACUGACUUGCCAAAGUAUUCAUUAAAUUUGUGGCACCAAAUAUUUUUACACCACCUUUUUCUUCCCAUGUGUUGUUGUUAAACUACUUGUUUUGUGUUUUCGGUUCAUUUUCCAACAUGUUUGUAUCGUACAAUAAAAGCAUUUCAAAGCUGUGAAAUUUGAUAUUUGGUCCUCAGUGCUAUCACAAGUUACUGUAAGCUACAUUCCCUCUCCAUUUUUUUGAAUAGUCCUUUUUUAUAUGAUCUUUCAACUUUUUACUGAGCGAACUUGUUUUCGAGAACUCUUUUACAUUUGAUCAAAAAAACAUGUCCUCAAUUGUUUCACUGACAAAUUAAUGUUGUAUAUAAUGUAGAUAUACAGGCAUAACGUAGCAGACUGCAAAAAGGCUGACCCCAACUCAUAAGGCACACUUUAUCAGCCUUUUUUUUUUUUAUUAUGUUCACAAAUGUUAACAAAUAUGUGCAAGUACAGAUAAAAACGACACAUUUGAAAACUGUAUACCACACUAUGCUGCAAAGUCAACAUGUACCAUAACAGUGUUAAAGUUAGAUUAUUAUUUUUUUGGAGUGCUGUUUCUGUGUAUAAGUGACCUUUUUUUGUGCUUUACAAAAGAUUUGUGAGUAUUGGACAUAUUGUCCAGUUGUGAUUCAGUAUCAUACGUACUUACAUACUCUUUUGAUCUUUUGAUUUUAAUGCAUUGCACUCCAUAACUUAUUGUAAAUACCGAAAUAACCUGUUUGUUGGAAAUAAAUUUCACUGUAUUUACUAA